CCGAAUAAACGUCGAUCCCCAUCUUGCGAGCCACUAGAACCUCCAUCUCCCACGGCAGAAUAUCUCCAGCAAUCAUCUCUUCCACCGAAGCGAAACUGUUCUUCGAAACCCCUCCUCGUCAUCCUUGACUUGAAUGGCACGCUUGUCCACCGCAAACAUCGCAAGUUUCCACCCUCUUUCGUAGAACGCGCCGGCUUGAAGGGUUUCCGCCAGAUUCUUCUAGGAAAGUACAAGGUCAUGGUCUGGUCGAGCUCGCAACCCUUCACGGUCCAAAACCUCUGCCACAGAAUCUUCCCGGGCAAGACCCGAAAAGAGCUCGUCGCCGAAUGGGGCCGCGACAAGUUCCCGCUCACGGGUUCGCAGUACCGAUCCAAAACCCAGGUCUACAAGACUUUGAAUACAGUCUGGCACGAUCCGUCGAUCCAGGCGUCAUAUCCCAGGUUCCGCGAGAAGAAAUGGCAACCGACGAAGACACAGGCGUGGGAUCAAACAAACACUAUUCUCAUCGACGACAGCAAGCUCAAAGCCAUCUCGGAGCCGUACAACAUCCUGGAAAUCCCCGAAUUCACGGGCGACCGGGGUCCCGGCGACAACCAAACCCUCACCAAAGUGCUGCAGCUACUGGAGGAACUGUCCAAGUAUGACGAUGUCAGCCAGGCGCUGCAC